UCCAGAUUCAGAUUGGGUUAAGCCGCGAGCCGGUCCUGUUGGACUCCGGCGACUUCAGCCUCGCGCAAGUCCGAGAAAUGGCAUGUUCCAUCGUUGACCAGAAGUUCCCCGAGUGUGGGUUCUAUGGAAUGUAUGACAAGAUCCUACUGUUCCGCCAUGACCCGACCUCCGAUAACAUCUUGCAGCUGGUGAGGUGUGCCUCAGAAAUCAUGGAAGGAGACCUCGUGGAGGUGGUGCUCUCAGCUUCAGUCACCGUGGAGGACUUCCAGAUCCGACCUCACACUCUCUUCGUCCACUCGUAUCGGGCGCCAGCAUUUUGUGACCACUGUGGAGAGAUGCUGUGGGGGCUAGUUCGGCAAGGUCUCAAGUGUGAAGGAUGUGGGCUGAACUAUCACAAGCGAUGUGCUUUUAAGAUCCCAAACAACUGCAGUGGUAUUCGGAAACGGCGGCUGUCCAACGUGUCCCUUACAGGCCUGACUAAUACCCGCUCUGUGUCAGCUGAACCCUCACCCACCACCUCCGAUGAAGCCUUACUGUCUCCUGUCAGUCCCAGCAUUGAGCAGAAGAGCCAGGCAGACAUGUUCACGGGAAGGGGCCGCUCCAACUCCCAGUCCUACAUUGGGCGUCCCAUCGAGCUUGACAAGAUCCUGCUGUCUAAAGUCAAGGUGCCACACACAUUUGUCAUCCACUCCUACACGCGCCCCACUGUCUGCCAGCACUGCAAGAAGCUCCUGAAGGGUCUUUUCCGCCAGGGCCUGCAGUGCAAAGAUUGCAAAUUCAACUGCCACAAACGAUGUGCACCCAAAGUGGCAAACAACUGUCUCGGAGAGGUGUCAAGAAAUGGAGACCUGUUCAGCCCUGGUGCUGAGUCUGAUGUUGUGAUGGAGGUGGGCUGUGAUGACCAUGAUGCUGAGAGGAGCAGUCCUCUCAUUGAUGACAUGGAGGAGUCCUUGGUGGCUGACUCAGCCACCCUGCUGGAAGCAGGCCAUGGUGAACUCACAGAUUUUCAUGAUCCAGACCCAGAUGAAUCCAACAGAAUCAUCAGUCCGUGCACCAGCAACAACAUCCCACUUAUGCGAGUGGUCCAGUCGGUGAGGCACACCAAGCGGAAGAGCAGCAAUGUCAUGAAGGAGGGCUGGCUUGUGCACUUCACCAGCAAGGAUACACUGCGAAAGAGGCAUUACUGGAGAUUGGACAGCAAGUACAUCACCCUCUUCCAAAAUGAUACUGGAAGCAAGUACUAUAAGGAAAUUCCUUUAUCUGAGAUUCUGUCUCUGGAACCAGCUAAGACUUUCAGCUUGCUUCCUGAAGGGGCCAACACACACUGCUUUGAGAUUGCAACUGCAUCACUGGUGUACUACGUGGGGGAGAACCUGUCUCGCCUGGACGACUGCACCUCAGGCCGCUGCAACAGCAUGCUGGUCAGCGGUGUUGGCCAAGAUGUAGCGCACAUGUGGGAAAUGGCCAUCCAGCAUGCCCUUAUGCCCGUGAUCUCCAAGGGCCUGGCACACAGUGGCCGCCACAUCCACCAUAAAGAUGUCUCCAUCAGCAUCUCUGUAUCCAACUGCCAGAUUCAGGAGAAUGUGGACAUUAGCACAAUAUAUCAGAUUUUCCCUGAUGAAGUUCUUGGAUCUGGCCAAUUUGGCAUUGUCUAUGGGGGCAAGCACAGAAAAACAGGCAGAGAUGUUGCCAUCAAGAUCAUAGAUAAACUCCGUUUUCCCACCAAACAAGAAAGCCAACUACGCAAUGAAGUUGCCAUCCUUCAGAACCUUCACCACCCUGGAGUCGUGAACCUAGAGUGCAUGUUUGAGACGCCAGAGCGUGUGUUUGUUGUCAUGGAGAAGCUCCAUGGUGACAUGCUUGAGAUGAUACUUUCUAGUGAGAAGGGGAGGCUGCCAGAACGUAUCACGAAGUUCCUCGUCACACAGAUCCUCAUUGCACUUCGCCAUCUUCACUUCAAAAACAUUGUACAUUGUGACCUGAAACCUGAGAAUGUCCUGCUGGCAUCUGCUGACUCCUUCCCACAGGUGAAACUUUGUGAUUUUGGCUUCGCUCGGAUCAUCGGUGAGAAGUCAUUCAGGCGCUCUGUGGUGGGCACGCCAGCCUAUCUGGCCCCAGAGGUGCUCAGGAACAAGGGCUACAACCGCUCGCUUGACAUGUGGUCAGUGGGAGUCAUUAUCUACGUCAGCCUCAGCGGUACCUUCCCGUUCAAUGAGGAUGAGGACAUCCACGACCAGAUCCAGAAUGCUGCCUUCAUGUAUCCGCCCAACCCAUGGAAGAAGGUGACCCAAGAAGCAAUUGACCUCAUUAAUAACCUCCUGCAAGUCAAAAUGAGGAAGCGUUACAGCGUGGACAAGUCCCUCAGUCAUCCCUGGCUCCAGGACUACCAGAUGUGGUUGGACCUGCGUAAUCUGGAGUGCAAGAUGAAGGAACGAUACAUCACACACGAAAGUGAUGACAUGCGUUGGGAGCAUUUUGCAGAGCAAAAUGGGCUGCAGUACCCCGCCUACUUAGUCAAUCCACAUGCUGAUGUCAGUGAAGAGGUGGGGCCCGAAGAGGCCAUAAUGAGCACACUAAGUGAUAGAGUCAGUGUGCUAUGAGUUGCUGCCUGUCCCUUUAAGAGCACAAUACUUCAGUCAUAACACAUAAUACACCCAGAACAUCACGAGUCCAAAAAUUACUUUUCACUGCCAUUUUAAAACACCUUUAUUGUAAGUUAUUUAUUUCAUUAGAGUAAUUUCACCCAGUGCCUAAAGGACAUAACUCCACUCCAUUAUGUUAAAAUCACAACCAUUCCUGUGCACAUUUCCUAAAACAUUUUGUUCAAACUUACUACACUGAACAAGGCACAUUAAGAACAAAUACUACCUAAUACUUAAUACUACCCAAGAACAAAAAUACUUUUUUUUUCAGGAAAAAAUAAGAGUAAAUGUGUUAACUGUGUAUUUUUACUAUGACUUGGCACUAUACAGUAAGUAAAACUGUAGCAGGAGCAGUAUUAUUAUUUGUGUAAUUUCAGUUAAAAACAUAAUUUAUGAGAUCUGUGUUGGAUAAGAGAUAUUUCUAAAGCCAUCAGAAGUGAAUCUGCAGUACAAAUUAGUUGGAACUGCCAGAGUGCUGUGGUGACUGUUGGCUUAGUGGAACUAUUAGACAAAAUGUAAAAUCAGAAACUGCUUGCAGCUUUUGUAGUUUUGUGUGGGUUCAUAUGAGCAUU